GCAUGAUUUCUACACAGUACUAGCGCUAGCGCAAGGCUGUCGCAACUUCCCUUGGUCGAAUCUUGUGGUGUCUUGUCUUCCUCGGAAUGUCCUGGGUUUGCCAAAGAGCAGUCCAACUCCAAACCUCCAGCUUACGGCUUCACCUGCAUUGGCGGCCCUGGCCCCUCCAUCCAAACACCGUACGAGCGGAAUAAUAAGCCUGGCGUACGCGUAAACACGCGAACCAUAUAAUGUGCUCGAAACUUCGCCGUGACAUCUAGACACGUCCCAUCCCGUCCGACUACCAACCGUAGACAAGACAUCCCACCGACGCGCAUGGCAAACACAACACCAUCUUGCAUCACCACAAGGGGAAGAAGGACUACUGCAAUGCCCGCCAUACUUGCGGCAGGAUAAGCUCUUGGUCAAUCUACUGAGGAGGGAAGUGCGGGAGGUGUCCCGGGACUCGGAGAAAAUGGCGAAUCCAAGAGCCGGCGACCAGAAUGGCUUUGCGCCGCAUUACGAGCAGCAACAGUUCAUCGAUCCCAGUGCGCUGCAACAACCUCAACCACCUCAGGCCCAGGCCAAGAGGGAGGAGCAGAACCAUGCAAGACCGUACACCUUGGACGAGGCGCUACCAUAUACACCCUUUACCACCAUCUUUCCUUUCGAGUCUGAAAUAAUCAAUAACCCCACCAUUGGGUCCGGCCAUAUCGCACCGCCUGUCCUCGGUCUGGUUUCUCACGAGGAUUAUGACGCUCUGAACAAGGAGGCAGAGAACCCGAACAGUUCGAGACGACUCGAAGGAAGCUUGGAAUAUGUACAGAAUCUUCUAAAGCCUGAAAAGAUUACACUGUUGUGAGUGGAUCUGUUUGCUGUUGGCCAUGUUCUCUCUCUGCUCCUGGACAGCUGUUGUUUGCACUGUCCAGGACGGCGCGAAUAGGGAUUGUUUCUGACCACUCAUGCUAACACACUGUUUCUUGCAGUAAUUUCAAGACCGC